AUGAGUGAUAUCAUCAUGGGAGAGAGCACCACCGCCGGUCCCGCAACAUUUAAUCCACAGCAGGAGACGUUGCUCCGCGCGUUGCCCGAUGGCGACAGGGCGCUCAUGAAGGCCCUUAUGGCGAUUGAUCAGCUGCAAGACGAGACGCAUCGCAAGAGUCCACUGCUAAAGUUCCCCAAAUUGACGCACGAGGCGGGCUUGACUGUACUGAUGGCGAUGCCGUACGAGGUGAAAAGCGGCCUUCUGCAGGGCAAUCUACUCUCCACGCCUGGUAUAGAGGACCUUCUUCCAGAUCAAGAUCGACCGCCGUUCCCGCUCCCUUCUCACGCUGAGCGGAUUGCAGAGCUGGAAUCAGCGGAUCGGCAGCGGCUCUCCCAUUGUCAAGAGCAGCACGCGCGAGAUAAGGAAGGCUUACGGAGACUACGCGAGCUCGAUGCCCGGCUUGGAGAGUACCUGGAGGACAUGCAGAAGUUGAACGCUCUUCGGCGCAAUUCAUCUGGCCGAGGGCAAGAUUACGGGGCUGCUUCUUGCAGGACUGGAAGGGAGACACUUGGUUUUUAG